CGACCAUCGACGACAACCCACAGCUCACUCCCCAGCUAAACCGCCACAAUUCCCCAGGGCAAACGAGACCAACCUCUCGCACCCCUCCAAAAUGAAAUUCCCCCUCCUCUCCCUCCUCGGCCUAGCCGGGAGCGCCCUAUCCUCAUCCGCCGCCGCCGCCGCCAUCCUCUUCACGAUCCCCGCCUCGCACGCCGUCCCGAACCCCAACGCCCUCGCGGCCGCCACGCGCGCAACGCUCUCGGCCCGGGGCGGCCCGUCCCUGUCCGCGCCGCUCACCGCGUCCAACGGCUUCGUGUUCCCGCGCGUGCCGCCGGGCUCGUACCUGCUCGACGUGCACAGCGGCUCGCACGCCUUUGCGCCGCUGCGCGUCGACGUGGCGCCCGCGGGCGCGGGCGUCGGGGCCGCCUCGGCGGGCAGGAAGCAGGAGCCGCAGCGGCUGGCCGUCUCGGCCUGGGAGACAUUCCGCGGCAACGACUGGGGCAACAAGGGCGAGGCGGCGAGGCGGGCUGAGGACGGCGGCGGGGCGUUCGAGGUUAGGUGUCUGGGGAGGAAGGAGUACUACAUGGAGCGCAGCAGCUUCUCCGUCCUGAGCAUCCUCAAGAACCCCAUGAUCCUGCUCGCCAUGGUCAGCAUGGGCAUCUUCCUCGGCAUGCCGUACCUGCUCGAGAACAUGGACCCCGAAGUCCGCGCCGAGUUCGAGUCCCGGCAGAAGAGCAACCCGAUGAGCGCGGUGCUGGGCGGCGGCGGCCAGCCCGGCGGCGGCUUUGAUAUGGCCGCCUUCCUCGCCGGCUCCAACAACAACGGGCCCAAGAGGGAAGACGCCGGCACCCCGCCGCCCCAGUCGAGCACGGGCAAUGGCGGAGGCAAGAAGAACCAGCGGAGGUGAUGGAACGUGCCGUGGAAUGUGUGCGGUGCGAGACAUGGGCUAAGAUAUAGCGGAGCACACGAGAACGGGUAGUUUGAGCUUCGCAUAGGUGCAUAUCUAGACAGUGUACAAUCGCCGCGGCGGCUUGUUCAUGCGCUAUAGACUGGUAGAUUUCAAGCUUGACUUGUACAGAAUUGACGACUCUGAAGCCA